AUGUCAGCUAAAGGAGUUAUUUUUCAUGAGUAUGGAGAUUCUUCGAAAUUAAAAAUUGAAGAUGUUCCCAUCGAAGAACCAACUAAAGGUCAUGUCAGAGUUAAAAUGAUGGCUGUAGGUUUGAACCGUGCUGAAGUUGUUUUUGUAGAAGGAAAAUUCACUGAACAACCGAAAGAUCUUAGAAAGGGUAGUUCUUUAGGUUAUGAAGGUGCUGGAAUUGUUGAUAAAGUAGGAGAAGGUGUCAAGAAAUUCAAGGUUGGUGAUAGAGUUGCCGUUUUGUGUAAUGUUUUGAUGUCUGAGUACCCAACGAAUAUGGAGGAAUGUAUCUUCCCAGAGUAUGCUUUGGUCAAGAUGUUGGAUGGCCAGAGUUUCCAAGAUGCCGCCUCAACAUGGCUAGCCUACUUGACAGCCUACUUUGCUUUGGUAACCAACGCCAAGUUGAAAAAGGGUGACUGGGCUGUGAUUACUGCUGCCGGUUCCAGUGCUGGUUUGGCAGCUGUCCAAAUGGCAAAGUAUCUCGGUGCCAAUGUCAUUGCUACCAGUCGUACCUCUUCGAAGCGCGACUUGCUCAUGAAGUUUGGAGCGGACCGUUUCAUCGCGACCAACGAGGAGGACAUCAAGGAGAAGAUCCUCGAGUAUACCGGCGGCAAAGGUGCACAUCUUAUCUACGACUCGGUCGGUGGUGAUUGGCUUGAGAAGUUGGCCGACGCUACAGCCGUGCGUGGUAUCAUCAUUGAGUAUGGAAAGCCUGGUCCGAAACCAAUGAUUCUACCAUACUACCAGUGCUUCUCCAAGUUCUUGACUUUCAAAGUUUACUUUAUGGCAGAGUAUACAACACUGCCAGAUUGUCUUGAGGAAGCAGUUCAAUUUAUCAACAAGCUACUGCCAAAGACUCAGUCGAUUGUCGGUAAGACAUUCAAGGGAAUCGAACAACUACCGGAAGGACACAAAUUUUUGGAGGGUAACAACGUCUUUGGAAAGGCAGUUGUUGAGUUUUCAGACUGCGGUAAAACAUCCAUGCCAUCUCAAUAG